AUGCGCCGCACCCGCAGCCCCCACAGCUCCUCCGCCUACCGCUCCAUCAUCCAUCAUGGCACCUCUUCCUCUUCCUCUCAACAAUCCACCCCAAACCCAUCAGCCCUCCUCCGCUCCUUCGAAUCCGACACCAACCCCGCGCGCCCGAUCCGUCCCUCUCCCCUAACCACCGCCUCCCCCAUCCCCGACAUGCCUCUCGACCUCCUAGAGAGAAUCCGUUCCUUUCCCCUGUUUAGCUCAGCUCCUGAAGAGUUCUUAGUGGCUGUUGGGUCUCAUCUCAGGCCACAGAUUCAUGCAGGACACGAUCAUAUCCUCACCGAAGGAGAAGAAGCAAGGGCAAUGUACUGGCUCGUGCGCGGCGUGGUUGCGGUAACCUCUCGCGAUGGGGAAGCCGUGUACGCGGAGCUGAAGCCUGGCGCUUUUUUCGGCGAGAUAGGUGUUUUGAUGGACGUGCCUAGGACGGCGACGAUUAUUGCACGCACAAAAUGUCUGCUGGUGGUGCUGAUGAAGGAGGAUUUGAUGGCGGAAUUGCCUAGGUUUCCGGAGAUGGAGAAAGCGAUAAGGCAGGAGGCGUUGGAGAGGUUGGCGAUUUUGAAGAAGAAGAAACGGUUGUCGGAGGGGGCGGAGGCUGUGUUGAAGGUUGGGGAGCAGCAGCAGCAGCAGCAGCAGCAGCAGCAGCAGGAGAGGAAGAAGCAUGAGGGUGUUCCGGGGGAGGUUGUGACCGGUGAUGUGGGCGUUAUUAAGGGUGGGGCGGUGGUUAAUACCAAGAAGAGGAAGAGCCCGAGUCCGGGGGUGAUUGAGGACCCUGCGGUGAGCGGCAGCGCGCUGGGAAGUGCGUAUGUCAAUGUGCGUAAGACGCUGAAGGAGCUGCCGCUGUUUGCCACCCUGCCGGCGGAUAUUUUGCAUUUCCUGGGGUUGAGCGCCCAACCCAAGAGCUACCCUCCGUUUACGGACAUUGUGAGGCAGGGAACGAGGGGUAGCGAGAUCUACUUCAUUGUGCAUGGCGAGGCAGAGGUUGUGAAAGAACCUGAGGAGCCCUUGAGCCCGACGAUGGUCAAGAAGAAUGGGUCGGGGCCAGCUACGUCAUACACACGGCCGAGGCUACGACAGGGGCAGUACUUCGGGGAGGUGGCUAGUUUGGGGUUGUCAGAAGAACGCACGGCAACGGUACGCGCCAUCACGACGGUGGAGUGUCUCGUCAUAGGAGGCGAGGCGCUCGAAGAGUUGUGGCGGCGGUGCCCGCCUGAGAUUAGAGCACAGGUCGAAGAGACGGCGCGGAAGAGGUUCCAUAAGGCGAGACAAGAAGCUGAGAGGGAAGAUGUCGAGAUGAGCGAUGUGGGAGACGAAAAUGUUGGGCCGACCGAAGGGCCGGUGAUUAUCACGCCUGUGGUUACGCAGAUGCUGGCGGCUGACGAAGAGACGCGCUCGCCGACAGACCCGGAUCCGUAUCUUAGUGUCGAUAUGGAGAACUUACGGGCUAGAAGGCGAAGCUCGAUUGCGCCGCCGCCGGCCCAGACUGCCGACUCCAGUGGGAUUGUUGUUGGGGGAGCGAUCAAGAUCCCUCCUGUGCAGCCCGCUCCCCCGUUGCUCUCCCCUGUCUCUCUCGACGAACCCCCCUUUCCAUUUAAAAGAGCCCGUCUCGGUCGCGACUCCGCCAAAGAAUACUCCCUCAGCAAGCAAGGCCUCCCGGAUAACGUCCUUGUCGCCGUGUUCAAACACCUCGAUCUUCUCUCAAUGUUGAAGAUUCGAGCUGUCUGCCGCCGCUGGCGCACCCUGCUGACCACCUCCGCCGACCUAUGUACACACGUCGACCUCUCCCCUUACAACCGCCGCGUAACCGACCAUGCAAUAAUCCACAUCCUAGCCCCAUUCAUCGGCGCCCGUCCCGUGGAAAUCAACAUUAACGAUUGCUUCCACAUUACCGACGAGGGUUUCCAUUGUUUAUGGAAGACAUGCGGCAGAAAUGUCAAGGUCUGGCGUAUGCGUAGUGUGUGGGACGUUUCGGCUGCCCAAAUUCACAAUAUGGCGGAGUAUGCGAAGGGCCUAGAGGAGAUAGACUGGAGUAGCUGUCGCAAGGUGGGGGAUAAUUUGCUCGCCCGCGUGGCUGCCCCUCCCUCCGCCACCUCAACCUCUCCUACUGCAAGCACAUCACCGACCGGUCGAUGGCCCACCUCGCUUUGCACGCCUCUCAACGCCUGGAAUCCCUCACCCUAA